AUGUCAAGCAGCUACAUUCACGCUGUAGCACAUCAUCGUCAAACUCUAUAUGACCUCGCUCACAACAAGAUCAAGGUCCACGAGAAAACUUUGGAAACUCGGCUUAUGGAAGCUCUCAAGAUAUUAUAUGAGCCUGGUGCUGAACACUGGGACCAAAACGUAGACAAUUUAUCGUUCUGCGACAAUGGGGGCUGCGAUGAUGGCAAAGUUAUGGUUGUCGAUCUCGAGGAUGUCUAG